GGAACUCCGCUUUCAGCAGUUCGUUUCUGCCGCCAUCAUCGCCGACGACGUCCGCCCCGGUCCCGACGGUGUCCAGCGCGUACAACAGUCCGGUCGCGUUCGCGGGUCGCUGGAUAGGCAUAUAUGAACUGGGUGCGGUCAUACAUUACGACAAUUACGGGACCUAUGAUACCCUCGGAGCCGACCUCAAAACGGAAGAUGCCCGACGAUGCUAACCCGCUCGCGAACGCGUCCAAGAGGCUGAAGAAAGAGUCGUCCGUGAAACCAGGCGCCGCAGCGAAACGGAAAUUGCUCAAUGGCGAAGAGCAGCCCGGUGGUCUGGUCAUUGUACGCGCACCGCCGUCGCGUCCUCCAUCCACUCAACCUCCCGAUCAACAUCCAGUCCGACCACCAUCUACUGAACCGCGCCGCCACCCCUCCGCCACACCCGGUCCCUCCCAACCCGCGUCGAAGAAGUUCAGGUCCGACUCACGCCCAGCGACGGGACACCGCCCAGUGGGGAAGGCAAAAGAUCGCGAUCUGGUCGCGACAUCUCGUCCCGACCCCGAAGUCGACGAGGAUGUCCGGUUGAUGAACGAUGAGGCUGAACAUUUGCGACGACGAUCGCGUGCCAACGCUGAUCACGUCAAUCCCGACUUUAACUUUCCCGCCGUCGCUGCUUCCGCUAAGCAACCCCCUCCCUCUUCGCGGAACGUCGAGCAGACUCGCCAGGGACGCGCUCUCACCAGAAACGGAGAUACCCAGCAACAUGGCCGCCGCAAGAGUUCACUGAGUAUGCGAGGGAAACGCGUGAGCACUACCUAUGAAACCUCCGGUGUCAUUACUCAACCCCAUGCGUCCGUGUCAGAUUCUAGCUUUUACAAGCACAUCGAUGCCGACCUCCCCGAAGCCCAACGUGCACGCCAGCUACUGAUAUGGUGUUCGUCCCGUGCUAUGAACCGUAACUCAUCAUCUUCACGGCCUUCGUCCUCCUCAGGAUCGAAACCGAAGUCGGGCGAUCCAGGGAAAGAUCCACCUGCGAACUUAAGGCCGCUCUCAGCAGAGGCGGCUAAGGUGCUAAAGGCGGUUCAGGAGGACGUGGUUCGCAUGCUGGCUGAGAAGAAGAUUGACACCAACGUGUACGGUCCCACUGGAAUGUUGAAUGACAUGUCAGCGAAGAAGAUGAAACCGAACGAGCAGAACAUCAAGAACCGGGCGAGGGAGAUACGCUUUACUGAGCACAUCGAACGUGCGAGAGCGGAAGAUGAGGCAUGGGAUGAAGUUGUCCAUUUUUAUAAUGGUCACCAGUCGCGGGUCCUGGCUGCUCUGGAUGAACGGAGGAGGAGCCGCGCUCAAUCUGCUAAGGCGAAAGGCAAGCAACGAGCCGUGGAUGACUAUGAGCCCCGCGAAAGCGAGCUUUCGGAUGUCUUCCGCGGACCUAACGGUGUAGAGCUGGCACGUAAGGUCUUAGCAGAGGUUGGCGGUCAGGAUCCAUUGAGUGCACGCCUUCAUGAUCUCGAAUUCACCAUUGAUCGUUUGCAAGCGCUCGUGCAGACGUCUAUGCACACCACCCACUACGCGGAAGAUGAUCUAAACCACCGAUUUGCCCUCCUCUCACUAUCUCUCUCCGCCCGCUCCGAGCCCCUCUCCUCACUAAACUCAGCGAAACCUGGUUCCCUCUCCUCCUUCCUACCCCCGAGCCUCAGCCAUUCCCCUUCCAGCGACGCCCGAGAUAUAUUCCGCGCGCUCUCGCGUGUAGACGCAGAACGCCCUCCAGCUCAAGUCGGUGACGCCGCGAGACGGGCCGUCCGAGAGGUGCAGAGGGUCAACGAGGCUGGAGGCGGUAUACCCGACCGACGACUGACAGGCGUCCUGCCGCCGACGCCCAGGAAACCUCCAGGGACGCCGCGACGAGCCACCACCCCAGGUCGAGGACGUUGAUUGCAAGUCAUAUGUAUAUACACCUAUCAAGACAUUUCGCGAUCUAAUGUAAUGGAUGUAUUACUUCGAUGUUCCUACCGCGCGAUGGCCGCUGAUUACUUGCCUUCACGUUGCUCAUAUCUUU